GCAGCGCAAGUGAAACCGGAAGCGUCGGUCGGCGGGGGCGGGGCAGUUUGGCGGUCGCUUGCCAAGCAUCGCUCCGCUAGGGGCUUGAGACGUCCUCCCUGUCCAGAAUCAUGCUGGGCAGGUCCGGAUACCGGGCACUGCCCUUAGGAGACUUUGAUCGCUUCCAGCAGUCGAGCUUCGGCUUCCUGGGCUCGCACAAGGGCUGCCUGUCCCCGGAGCGGGGCGGCGUGGGGACCGGGGCCGAUGCUCCUCAGAGCUGGCCUUCCUGUCUCUGCCAUGGCCUUAUCAGUUUUCUGGGAUUCUUGCUGCUAAUGAUCACCUUCCCCAUUUCCGGCUGGUUUGCUCUGAAGAUUGUGCCAACUUAUGAACGGAUGAUUGUGUUUCGUCUGGGCCGGAUCCGUACCCCACAAGGGCCUGGCAUGGUUCUGCUCCUACCCUUCAUUGAUUCCUUCCAGAGGGUGGAUCUGAGGACACGAGCCUUCAACGUCCCGCCUUGCAAGUUGGCCUCCAAGGAUGGGGCUGUGCUGUCCGUGGGGGCCGAUGUCCAGUUCCGCAUUUGGGACCCAGUCCUGUCGGUAAUGACUGUGAAGGACCUGAACACAGCCACUCGCAUGACAGCCCAGAAUGCCAUGACCAAGGCCCUGCUCAAGAGGCCUCUGCGGGAGAUCCAGAUGGAGAAGCUCAAGAUCAGUGACCAGCUCCUGUUGGAGAUCAAUGAUGUGACUCGGGCCUGGGGACUGGAGGUGGACCGUGUGGAGCUGGCGGUGGAGGCUGUGCUGCAGGCGCCUCAGGAGAGCCCAGCUGCAGCUGGCCUGGACAGCACCCUCCAGCAGCUGGCCCUUCACUUCCUGGGAGGAGGCAUGUCCUCAGUCACAGGAGGUGCCCCCCCUCCAGGGUCAGCAGACACAGUGGAGAUGGUGAACGAAGACGAGCUGCCCGCCCCUCACGAGGGUACUGUGCCCAGCCUGAAGCAGCCUUUGGCUGAGGGGCUGCUGAGUGCCCUGCAGCCCUUCCUGUCUGAGGCCCUGGUCAGCCAGGUCGGCGCUUGCUACCAGUUCAAUGUCAUCCUGUCCAGUGGCGCCCAGAGCAUCUACUUCCUGGACCUCACUACAGGUCAAGGAAGGGUGGGCCACGGGGUACCUGACAACAUCCCUGACGUGGUGGUGGAGCUGACCGAGGUAGACCUGCAGGCACUCCUGUGCAGGCAGCUGCGGCCCCUGGGGGCCUACGUGAGCGGGCGGCUGAAGGUGAAGGGCGACUUGGCCGUGGCCAUGAAGCUGGAGGCAGUCCUCAGGGCCCUGAAGUAGAAGCCUUAGCUGAUAGUCCAAAGCCCAGCCUUGGGCCGGGCAGGAAGCCACAGGGGCAUCUUGGAGGAGGAGGUGCUGUACCUCAGAUUAUUGAGGCCUGAGAAGAUUCAGGCCCAGCCAGGAGCCAGUGAAUAGAGACUGGGAGUCGCCUGAGCCGGGAAAGGCUGUGUCACGUUGCCCUGCCCUUCUCACCAACACUCGUGGUCUGGACUAGUCUGCCCAGCUCAUUCCUCCAUGGAGGGCCUAGCCCGGAGCUGGGUAUACAGUGCAGUGACAGGACCGCCACGCCUGCCCCGCUCUGCUAGCACUGGACUGGAGAGGCAGGGCCCACACACAGCCUGACAGCACCAGUCAGUGCACGAGAGCAGAGCCUGAGGGUCAGGCUCCGAGCUCUGGAGCCGGUGAUCGGAGAGGCUGGGGGUGGGCGAGGGGAGGCAGCCACCACGAAGAGGACUGCAGUGGGAGGGAUCUGGGCCCAGCCUGCCUUCCUGGUAGCAGCGCAGGCCCACGCUAGUAGGGCUGGGAUGGGAGGAGGGGGCCCGCCCCUGGCCUGGCUUCUGAAGAUGUUUUGACUCCUCUACCAGCUCCCAGCCCUGUCUUGCAUGUCUGAAGGGCCGGGACUCAGGGCAGCAUGAAGGAGAGCCCUGUUGUUGUUGUGCUUCUGAUCAGAGGUUUGAAAGCUUCUAAUAAACGUCAUGGUUACAACG